CGCUUGCACGCACAUCUCAGUAGUUUGUGUGUUUGUGUUUCAUUGGAGACUUUUCAGUUUUCGUAGAAUGUCUCUAUUGCCUGGUUUAUUGUGUAUUUCAUUAGGAAAACGAUGUCCAGAGAUGUAGGAACAAGCAGGGAAUUGUCUGCGUCAGAAAUAACGCAGCUCUUCAUUGAAACAGCCCAGAAAAUUGACAAAUGCUUCGACUUCGAAGUGGCCAAAUGGCUGGAACGAUACCAGGAGUUGCGGAAACAGCCCAAUUUCCCAGAGGCAGCCCUGCUGAUUAUCAAUGCUGCACAGAUUUAUGGGAGGAAAGUGGACUACCUGGAGGAGAUAAUUCUCAACAUUGCGCGUGAAAGUGAGGCUCGGAAGAAUGCUGAGAAGAACAAGAAACGUGGUGUUGAGGGUGAGGAAGUGGGAAAACGGAAGCGCCUUAAGCGCUUCCGUCCGGAGACGUUGUGUGAGAAAUUUCACUGUGUUGAGUAUGUGGUGAAGGAGUUUAAGAGCCUGCCGGCGGCUUCGUUAUGCGAGAAGGUGGUGAGGAAGGCGAGGUGUCAGGGUGGGAUGACGUAUGAGGAGGAAUUUGGGAUGUGGACAUUGAGGAAGGAUGCCAAGGGGAAGAAGGGUCCAAGGAGGCGUCUGGAGAUGGAAGAGGAGGAAUUGUGCUCGAACUAUACGAGUUUUGGGGAGAGUCACAUUUUUGACUAUGACGGGGAAGAUAUUGUUGGCAGACGGAGGGAUUUUAAGGUAUUUUCUGGGCAUAUUGAUGCAGAAAAUCAAGCAAUUGGGAAUGACAUUAAUCUGCGGAAAUACUACAAGAGGGGAGAAAUUAUUGAAACAGCAUGUCCGGAAGCUAGCAAUCUCGAAGAUUGUUCGCUGAUGAAUCCUGUUACUGUGCAAGUGCCUGAGAUACGGGAGAAGGAAUCAAUGGAGAAUUUUGGGAAUAAUCUGUUGGUGCAGGAAUUACCAGAUCUCCCUCCACCGUCUCCAAAUAUCCUGCUCAGCGAUGAUGAGGGCAUCGGGAUGUCUCACAAUACCAUCCAAUUGAGUGAUUUGAAUGAGAAGGAUUGGAAUAUGCUGUCGCCGAAUGUGGAACUUGUGGAUAUUAUGGAACAUGUUAAGGAUGUUCCUACGACAGAAUUCACCGUGGACAGUUCCCUGACCAAUCUUUUGGGAAUCGACAGAGCCUAUCUGACGCAUCCCGAGGAUUUCUACCUGCCCCUGAAUUUGUUUGAGCAGAAAAGUAUCGUGGAGUUGAAUUUUCUGAAGAUUUCGGAAAAGAAGCUCCGGAGUAAAUGUCUUUUUUCACUGCCCAAGGAAUGGUUGGCGGAAUGGCGAUUAGCUAAGCGGCCUCCACCACCAAUUCCACCAAUCCCAAGAGUCUUCAGACUCGACCAAAGCCUACAGAAUAUCCCAACUCCUCCAGCCACUCCGGAACCCGAUGAUCCGGAAGAAUUCCGGGGAUUUGAUGAGUCCGAAAUUGCCGAUCUCAGUCUGUCCAACAGCCGAAUCUUCUCAUCGACCAUCAAUCCAGAGAAGAGCUUCCCAAUCUCACCGCCCAAACAGCCCAGAAUGUCUGCAGACUCCGGAAUCCAGUCACCACCUCACACAAUGGACAUCCUAGAUUCAAUUCUCGAGGAGAAUACUUCCCAGAUCAUCAGCAGUGAAUCGGGAUAUGGAUCCCUUCUGCGAUCUCUCGAUGAAUCAGAUGUCCCAGAGACUCCAGAGAAAUCCAAACAAGACAGCCUUAUACUGCCAAAUGCAACCCUGGAAUCCAGUCCAGAACUCCAAUUGUCUGACCAUCAGAUGAACCUCCAACGGAUUGCAGCUGAGGAGCAUCGGCAGCGUGUUGAAGAUAUGAAACGCAUGACGGAUAAAGUCAAUCGAUGGCAUGAAUAUCUCAAACCAAUCCUUCGGCUCUCUCAAUCCCGUGGGCAUUUUGACAUCCAUGCCUACGGCACGGAGAUCCUGGACGUUGUGAAUCCCCAAAAGAAUCCCACCCUUCCGACAGAUCGACAAGUUUCUCUUGGCGAAAUCAUGGAAAUGAAGAAGGAUCCACGUCUCCUGCCCAGAUACUUCCUGUCAAUGCUUCAGCUCAUCAACAGCAACAACAUCAGCAUCCAGGCCAAGAAGGACAUCAAUUCAGUUACCAAACUCCAUGACAUUCACAUCAAAUUCAAAUCGGCUGAGCGGCAUCAUGAAGAACUCAGUGAGGGACUCAAUUUCCAGAAGGGCGAACAGAAGAGAAAAAGAUCUCCAUCGGAUGGAGAAAUGUCCAAAAAUGGUCAGAAGAAACAUCGCAAAGGAGCGGUAUCUUAGUAAAAUUCCCAUGGAAACAUCAAAUGAUACCUUCAAGUUAUCUACUUCAAUUCUCGUCAAACGACUGUGGAUUGAUUCUAAAACAAAUCUGUUUGUUGCGAUAACAGUACAAAGAAAAAAAAAGUGAAUAUAAAUUUAACAAAAAAAAAAGUGAAAAAGCAUAAUAGCCAGAAAAAUAUUUGUAAAUAAGUUCUUCUAACGUUCUGCGUUUUUUGAAAAAUUAAUUCUUCAGAGUGGACAUUUUUUUUUUUUUAAAUAUUCUCUUAAUUUUUAGCUAAAAGUUUGUAACAAGUGCAAAAAGUAUUUUCUUAAAAUUAAGCAAUCUGCAGAGAGUAGAAAAAAAAUAUAGAGAAUCUUCAUAUACAAGAAA